AUGAAAAUUGCCAUAUUUUUACUUAUUUUUCGGACAAUUGGAUUUCAUUUAAAUAUUUCUAUGAAAACAUUUCUGAUUUCUGAAGUUCUUACUGACUGUGACUAUGUUAACACCAGCGGUUGCAAAUGUAAUACGAAUGAUGCUAUUGGUGGCCUCAAAUGUGGUUAUGAACUGAAUAAUCAUUGCCCUUCUGAUCCUUCUUCUAUCUUUCAAUGCAAUCCUGGAGGUACUAAAAUUUGUCGAUUUGGUCCCUGCACAUAUGGUUGUUGUGGGACUGAUGACGGCAAUAGUUACUGUUGCAAGGACAGCACAUGUUCUGGAUGCCACCCUGGACAUUGGCACAAGAAAAAAGAAACAUCUACGUCGGUGCCAUCAUCUGGUCCGCCUCCUACGACAACCACCACGGAUUUGCACCAAACUCAUGCAGGAUAUCCAAUAAAAUAUGGAGACAAAAAUUGUGGAAAAUUUAUCAAAGCUACGGACAAGUUCAGUUCCAAUGGAAAGAAGUGGGUAACCAACACAAUGCUUUGUCUCCAAAGAAAGUUAAUAUCAACUUAUGAAAAUAACAAAACCACUUGCUCAGAAAUAAGUAAUACGGCAUUCGGAUCUCAUGCAUCAUGUUAUGUUGAUUCUGGUGUAUGCACUAUUUGGUCUGACUGGGAUGUCAUAUUCAAAACCGUCGGUUUCAAAGAUAUAUUUGGAAGCAUGAAGGCCUUGACAGUUACAAGUAUUGAAAACCGCAAAUGGAUGCGCUUCUCUCUACCGUUGGAUCCUUGUUCAUCACAUCAAGCAUUUGUUUACUAG